UUGCUUUGUACUCGCUUCCUCAGUUUUGGUUGAGAUGCGUGCCAGAUGUUCAAGUGCCACCCGUCUCGAGGAAUUUGGAACCGUAGGCUAAUGAAUCACAUUCACACUUUAAAGCGGGGCAGCGGUGUGUUCGACCAACUCGUCAACUGAUACAGAAAAAAUCGGGGUGAUGCGUGGCUCCCGGCGAAGAACGAUGCGAGACGCGGAGAUCCCAGCCCGGCUUGGAGAGGCUGACGGGAUGACCGUAUAGCGUCUUGCAAGAUACUUUUUGUGUUUUUUGUUUGUUUGCUUGUUUUUUCAUCAAGAGAAGUUUGAGCCUGCUUGUAUUUUUUACCAGCUGAGAUAACUGAAGUGCAAUAUUUGCGCCACACCACAGAAUUUACGAUUAAGAAAAUGUCAAUUGCGGGCCCUCUGUUUUGUGUUGCAGUGGGACUUAAGCCGGGAAAGCGGUUACACCCGCCCGCAGCACUUCUGGCUUUUCUGGGGAUUUUACGUCUGCUGUCGGCACAGACCAUAACUUGCCCACAGAGUUGCGAGUGCUCGAGCCCGGGCAAUAGAGUCAUCGUGAAAUGCCUCAGUCAAAAUCUGACUGAUGUUCCCAAAGACAUUCCACCCAGCGUCAAGAUCCUGUUCGUAACGGGCAACUUUAUUCAGGAACUCCGAUCGAACUCCUUCCCAGAACCUUUAGACCAACUGGUUAAUCUGAAUUUUAGUAGUAAUAGGAUUACGUCAAUCGACCCUCAGGUCUUUGCCAAAAUGCCCAACCUGAAGGUGCUCGAUUUGAGCCACAAUCAAAUCCUCACAUUCAGCCCUGAAGCAUUCGGUGCCAAUAAUAGUGUACGGGAGCUGAACCUAAGCAGUGCAAUGGCCAACAGCUCGGUUAUGCCCGAUCUAUAUGCGCUGCUGCAAAACGGGAGCCUGGCAAAUCUAGUCAGCCUGGAUCUGUCUGAUAACCAGCUGUCGUUUCUUCCCGGUGACACCUUUUCGGGGCUGGUCAAUCUGAAGAGCCUGGAUUUGAGGAAUAACUCGUUAGUGAGUUUGCGAAAAGACACUUUUAGAAAUCUGAGUCUACAUCAGCUGGACUUGAGGAGCAACGCAUUAAAAACGCUGUGCAACUCCACUCUGCACAGCCUAGACACUCAGCCGGACAUUCAGGUGCAGCUAUUGGACAACAGCUGGAUUUGCGAUUGCAACAUUGAAGACUUUGUGGCGUGGCUUCGCCGUACGGACAUCGUUGUGGACGGAACCAGUCUGAGCUGUGCGUUCCCGGAUCCCCUGCGACGUAUCCCACUGGUGAACGUCGAUCUUUCGCAGGUGGACUGCAACUACGAGGAUAUGAAGAGAGUUCUGCAGACCUCCUACGUGUUUCUGGGUAUAGUGCUGGCGUUGAUAGGUGUCAUAUUCCUGCUUGUCUUGUACCUUAACCGAAAAGGUAUCAAGAAGUGGCUUUACAAUAUUAGGGAUGCGUGCAGAGACCACAUGGAAGGUUAUCACUACCGUUAUGAGAUAAACACGGACCCCAGACUGACAAAUCUCAGCCUAAAUUCAGAUGUUUAAAUGGAGCUGAGGGGGCUACAAGACUCUUGUCUAUUUUUUGAUUUUCUGUGCAUGAAUGAAAUUCUCCAUUUUUAAAGGAACAAAAGGGGAUUAACUCAUGUGCUUGCCAGUGACCAUAGAUGACCUUUUUAUUUUUUUGCCACUUCAAGCUGCACAUUUCCUGGUCCCCAUGCCACUCCACUUUUAUAUCUGUAUUUCACUGGGGAGACCCCCAACUCCCCCAGCCAUUCUUGGAAAAAAAAUGAACAUUCAGACUUUGGAGGAUUUUAACAAUUCCAGUAAGAAGUAUUUACCCAGCCUUUCCUUUGUAUAUCUCAAUUUUAUGUCCUUGGGAUGUCUGACUCUUCUUUUGUGACAGAUCAUUGUGAGUUGCAUGUUUAAGCAGUAAAACGAAGCUAUACAUUAAUUGAACUCUAGGCUGCUGACACAAAAUGAAUCGGUUUGCUAUAUGUAUAACAAAAAAAAAAGCACUACAUAAAUGUUAGGUAAAGGUAAAGCGUGUCCAAUAGCUAUGAAUUUUUAUUAUGUCUGUCUUCGCUCUUCCUUUCAUAAAUUAAUCAUUCUUAUCAGUAGUUAAGAUAAUGAAGUGGAAAAGGGUACUUGGGAAUGUUCACCACUUAAAUAACC